AUGAUUCUCUACUUUGCUACUACUACUACUACUACUACUACUACUACUACUACUACUACUACUACUACUACUACUACUACUACUACUACUACUACUACUACUACUACUACUACUACUACUACUACUACUACUACUACUACUACUACUACUACUACUACUACUACUACUACUACUACUACUACUACUACUACUACUACUACUACUACUACUACUACUACUACUACUACUACUACUACUACUACUACUACUACUACUACUACUACUACUACUACUACUACUACUACUACUACUACUACUACUACUACUACUACUACUACUACUACUACUACUACUACUACUACUACUACUACUACUACUACUACUACUACUACUACUACUACUACUACUACUACUACUACUACUACUACUACUACUACUACUACUACUACUACUACUACUACUACUACUACUACUACUACUACUACUACUACUACUACUACUACUACUACUACUACUACUACUACUACUACUACUACUACUACUACUACUACUACUACUACUACUACUACUACUACUACUACUACUACUACUACUACUACUACUACUACUACUACUACUACUACUACUACUACUACUACUACUACUACUACUACUACUACUACUACUACUACUACUACUACUACUACUACUACUACUACUACUACUACUACUACUACUACUACUACUACUACUACUACUACUACUACUACUACUACUACUACUACUACUACUACUACUACUACUACUACUACUACUACUACUACUACUACUACUACUACUACUACUACUACUACUACUACUACUACUACUACUACUACUACUACUACUACUACUACUACUACUACUACUACUACUACUACUACUACUACUACUACUACUACUACUACUACUACUACUACUACUACUACUACUACUACUACUACUACUACUACUACUACUACUACUACUACUACUACUACUACUACUACUACUACUACUACUACUACUACUACUACUACUACUACUACUACUACUACUACUACUACUACUACUACUACUACUACUACUACUACUACUACUACUACUACUACUACUACUACUACUACUACUACUACUACUACUACUACUACUACUACUACUACUACUACUACUACUACUACUACUACUACUACUACUACUACUACUACUACUACUACUACUACUACUACUACUACUACUACUACUACUACUACUACUACUACUACUACUACUACUACUACUACUACUACUACUACUACUACUACUACUACUACUACUACUACUACUACUACUACUACUACUACUACUACUACUACUACUACUACUACUACUACUACUACUACUACUACUACUACUACUACUACUACUACUACUACUACUACUACUACUACUACUACUACUACUACUACUACUACUACUACUACUACUACUACUACUACUACUACUACUACUACUACUACUACUACUACUACUACUACUACUACUACUACUACUACUACUACUACUACUACUACUACUACUACUACUACUACUACUACUACUACUACUACUACUACUACUACUACUACUACUACUACUACUACUACUACUACUACUACUACUACUACUACUACUACUACUACUACUACUACUACUACUACUACUACUACUACUACUACUACUACUACUACUACUACUACUACUACUACUACUACUACUACUACUACUACUACUACUACUACUACUACUACUACUACUACUACUACUACUACUACUACUACUACUACUACUACUACUACUACUACUACUACUACUACUACUACUACUACUACUACUACUACUACUACUACUACUACUACUACUACUACUACUACUACUACUACUACUACUACUACUACUACUACUACUACUACUACUACUACUACUACUACUACUACUACUACUACUACUACUACUACUACUACUACUACUACUACUACUACUACUACUACUACUACUACUACUACUACUACUACUACUACUACUACUACUACUACUACUACUACUACUACUACUACUACUACUACUACUACUACUACUACUACUACUACUACUACUACUACUACUACUACUACUACUACUACUACUACUACUACUACUACUACUACUACUACUACUACUACUACUACUACUACUACUACUACUACUACUACUACUACUACUACUACUACUACUACUACUACUACUACUACUACUACUACUACUACUACUACUACUACUACUACUACUACUACUACUACUACUACUACUACUACUACUACUACUACUACUACUACUACUACUACUACUACUACUACUACUACUACUACUACUACUACUACUACUACUACUACUACUACUACUACUACUACUACUACUACUACUACUACUACUACUACUACUACUACUACUACUACUACUACUACUACUACUACUACUACUACUACUACUACUACUACUACUACUACUACUACUACUACUACUACUACUACUACUACUACUACUACUACUACUACUACUACUACUACUACUACUACUACUACUACUACUACUACUACUACUACUACUACUACUACUACUACUACUACUACUACUACUACUACUACUACUACUACUACUACUACUACUACUACUACUACUACUACUACUACUACUACUACUACUACUACUACUACUACUACUACUACUACUACUACUACUACUACUACUACUACUACUACUACUACUACUACUACUACUACUACUACUACUACUACUACUACUACUACUACUACUACUACUACUACUACUACUACUACUACUACUACUACUACUACUACUACUACUACUACUACUACUACUACUACUACUACUACUACUACUACUACUACUACUACUACUACUACUACUACUACUACUACUACUACUACUACUACUACUACUACUACUACUACUACUACUACUACUACUACUACUACUACUACUACUACUACUACUACUACUACUACUACUACUACUACUACUACUACUACUACUACUACUACUACUACUACUACUACUACUACUACUACUACUACUACUACUACUACUACUACUACUACUACUACUACUACUACUACUACUACUACUACUACUACUACUACUACUACUACUACUACUACUACUACUACUACUACUACUACUACUACUACGACAAUGCUGCAUGCUAUCAAGUUAUCCACAACGGGAAACUUACGGAAGCCUUCGAAGUGA